AGUAUCCAAUUAAUUUUGUUUACCUACCUACCGAUAAAACCGUACUUUUAAAAACUUCACAAGUUUUGCUGGUCCUUAUGCUAUUUAAUUUAUUUUUUGGUAAACCAUGAUUCAUGACGUACUAUUAAUUCUUUGGGAUUCAUCUGAAAAUGCUAUCGAAAAAAAAGAGAACCUUGCUUAUGCGAAUGAGGGUGAUGUUGAAAUCUAUGGUAGAUUAAGUGAGAUAGCAAAGAGCCAUCAUAGAAUCCAAUCCUUUGUAGAAGAGACUGGAUUCCAAUCCCGAAAAGCUUUAUCAGCAACAACACACAGUCACAGAUAUGGACUCUAUACCCAAGCACUAAGUGAAGGCAUCACUGAAGUCCUACUAUCAUAUAAGAAAACACUUGUAGAAGUUGAAUCUCUAGUAAUAGGGAAUCACAACUACACUUUAUCAUAUGUCUAUAGUUACAUUGAGAAAUAUCAAGGUCUGUUCAAUACAUUGAACAGAAUUAUAACAACUAUUAAAGAAAGGAGAUUAAUGGGCUGUCAGAUAUUGAGUUUAAUUCAUCAAUAUAUUUUAAGUGGCAACAAGUCGAUUCAUGAUGCCGUUUUGAAAAUAUUUACAAGUGUGAACAAAGUAUUCAUACAUCAACUAUGUACUUGGCUUCUUUAUGGGGAAUUAAAGGAUGUGUAUCAAGAGUUCUUCAUAUCAAAAAGAAAAGAUGACUCGUCAGAAACUUUAUUGUCAACACCAUCUUCUUCUAAUGUCUGUGACAAAACUCUUGUUUCUACAUUGCAGGAGACAUUAGGUUGUGGUUACACACUCAAUCCAACACUGAUACCACAUUUCAUGCCAUUGUCAUUAGCACAAGAAAUUUUGUUUAUCGGAAAAACUGUAAUACUUUUCGAUUUAGAUCCAAAAAAAGUAAAAAAACACAGUGGCUUCGCUUCAAGCAGACCGAUGUUGCCUUUGAAAAAGUAUGGAAUUGAGUCUAGAAGGUUUACAAUUUGGGAGGACAAAGAAUCUGAAUUUCAUGAGAAACUACAAAAACUUAAAGAUCCAGAUAAUUUUGAAGUUCAUAAUCUGAGAAGUGUUAUAAGGGAGAUUAAAGAAUGUGUAACUAAGCAUUUGUGGACAGUGGCAGUCGAAGAAGCCCAAUUGAUACAUGAGUUGAAGCUAAUGAAAGAUUUCUAUCUACUUGGCCGGGGCGAAUUGUUUCUGGAAUUAUUAAGACUCACAGCACAUAUGCUGGACAAACCGACGAUUCGCACGUCAAGUAGAGACAUGAACCAGGCUUUUCAAAUGGCGGCACGCUCCGUUUUCCUAAGUAAUAAUACUGAUAUAGAAAAGUUUAGUUUCGAGCUGCCUUAUGUUAAGCCGAACAUAUCAGGGAAUUCGUCGAUUGACGAAGACUACAGUACCGUUGCAGAUGGAUGGUCGAGUAUAAUCUUGAAAUAUGAUUUCAAAUGGCCGUUACAUUUAUUAUUUACACCGGAAGUACUUGCCCGUUAUAAUGAUAUGUUUCGACUAUUGCUCCGGCUAAAGAAAACCCAACACGAUCUGCAUUCGCUUUGGAAAACGUACAAACAGUCGGCGAGUUUCGCGAUGUCCCAACUACACAACAAACUGAUGUUUCUAAUGGACAACCUCCAACACUACAUGCAAGCAGACGUAUUAGAAACCAAUUUCUCUCGUCUGAUGGACGCUGUCAACAAGACAAACGACUUUGAGAAACUCAAGAAGGCUCACGCCACGUUCCUGGCUGAUAUAUUGAGUCAGUCAUUUUUGACUGUGACUUUGUCGUCAGAUAGCGAUUGUUCUGGAGAUCCCGCCGAUACAUUAAAUAACCCAGUGUUCUGUAACAUUAUGGAACUAUUGAAAUUGUGUCAUUCAUUCUGCAGUAUGAGUGAGAUAGCAAACGAUAGGGAAGCUGAAGAUUAUUACAUAAAAGGAUAUUCUGAAAGGUUCAACAAAUUAGUGAAGCAACUAAUGCAACUUCUAGUUUCGCUACGAGAUCGUCCGUGCGGCGUUUACUUAGCGAGACUUCUGAUGAGACUCGACUACAACCGGUGGCUCAGUAGAGAGGCGCAGUUAACGCAAUCUGUAACGAACAUGUUAAGAUACUGAUGAGGGUUUACUCACCACUCUCAACAUCGGAACGCAGGAGUUAAGAAAACUUAGUGUUUUAUUAUAAAGAAAACAAGGUGAGGUUAAUACAGUAUCUAUUUCGCAUGUCACGGUGAGCAUUUCUUUAUAAGUGAGAAAUCGGUUUACCUAUCAAACGAAAGAGUAGAGGUUUUUUUACAUAAGGGUUUAUCUCCAAUAUUCCACAAAGAUGACUCCCGGUAGCGUAUUCCCAUUUCCGUGUUCACUAUGAGACAGUACUGCCAUGAAAGACGCACGGGUUUAUCGCGCUAACCGCCCUGACAAAUCCGUGUUCAAUUUAAAGCGCCCGUCCUGAAGGAUUCGUAAUUACGUGUUUAGGUAUGGUAAUGGUAAACAGUCGACGUCGCUCUAAACACGUCAUUACGGAUCCUCCCGACCCAUUAACGGUGCUUUUAGGUACAUACUACAAGCACCGGUCAACGUCCUCGCCGAACCCGUCGCUUGCGACGAACGGAGAGCCCUUCGUUGCAAGUACGAGUAAAUUAACCCAUAGACACAUGCCACUGAGUUUCUCGCCGGAUCUUCUCAGUGAGUCGCGUUUCCGAUCCGGUAGUAGAUUCUGCGAGGCACUGCUCUUGCUACCACUUCGAUAAAGCGGCACGACACGAGAACCCUCUCAUCGUGGCCGCCGGUAACUACAUUCCCGAUCCUGCGGAGAGAAUGGAAAGCAGUCAACGUCGCCCCAAGCACGUCAUCUCGGAUCCUCCCGAUCCACUAACGGUGCUUUUAGGUACCUCAAGCACCGGUCAUCGUUCUUGUGGAACCCGUCGCUUGCGAAGAAGGGCUCGACGAGUAAAUUAACCCUCAGACACAGCCCACCGAGUUUCUCGCCGGAUCUUCUCGUGGGUCGAAUGGGUCGCGUUUCCGAUCCGGUGGUAGAUUGAGCGAAGCACGGCUCUUGCUAGGGUUCGUGUUAGCAACGUCGUCAGGUUUGAGCCCCGUGAGCUCACCUACUAGUUAAGGUUACGCUGGAAUAGCCUCUCAAGGCUACCAGCUUACGUAGGAAAAAAAAAAACUCUUGCUAGGGCCAGUGUUAGCAACACUCCGGUUUGAGCACCGUGAGCUCACCUACGCGUCAAGGAGAAGCUGAAAUAGCCUCUCAAGGCUAUCAGCAUAGUUAGAAGAAAAAAAAAACAAUUGCGCACGGGUUUACAAGGAGUAUGCGCAUUGAUUAAGCGAGACAAAUCCGUGUUUGUUUGAAGGAAUUUUAAUUAAUGGGCAAGUUUGGUAUUGUAUUGUAGGCAAUCAACGUAAGUAGUAACAUAAACAAAAAUAAA